AUGGCUUAUAACCAAUUAGAAAGGGCAACUCACGCAUACUGCCGGAUAGUCCUUCCGCCUGUCUCUCCCUUUUCCAUUGGCCGAGUGCCACCGUCCAUCCAGCUGUGCCAGCCGCCGAUUAGCUGUUCAGGAGGGGCGGCUUCUGGUAGGUGCCGCCCCGGCGCUGUGGGCGGCUCGGCAGCGACGCUUACCGGAGGGAGGGCAGACGCGUGAGGAGGAGGUGGCAGCGGGGGAGGAGGAGGAGUUGUGGCGAUCACGGCCCCGGGUCCUGCAGCUGGGCUCUCUCCUCACAUGGGGCCCCCUCGCUUGCUGCAGCGACGAGGCAGACCCUCGCCGGGUUACUGAGGAGCCGGUGGGCUGGCUGCGAGCGGGGUAUGCGGCCAUGAGAGCCCGCGCCGGCCGCAGGCCCUGCUGGCGCCGCCGCUCAGGAUCCAACGAGAGUAGUGAAGACGGCAAAUUACCUAAGAUGUGAGAAGACCUCCCUUAGCACAGUAAAACCUUGUUUUCAAAAUGGACCGAAGUAAGCGGAAUUCAAUAGCAGGAUUUCCACCACGCUUGGAGCGCGCUGAGGACUUUGACGGUGGCACUGGAGGAGAAGGGACUGUAUCCCAGAUUGGAAGAGUUUGUACCUCUUCAUACAGAGCCCUCAUAAGUGCCUUUUCCAGACUUACUCGUCUCGAUGACUUCACAUGUGAGAAAAUUGGCUCCGGUUUCUUCUCUGAGGUGUUCAAGGUAAGGCACAGAACUUCAGACCAAGUAAUGGCUUUGAAGAUGAACACACUGAACAGCAACAGAGCAAACAUGCUGAAAGAGGUUCAGCUUAUGAAUAGACUCUCACAUCCAAACAUCUUGAGGUUUAUGGGUGUCUGUGUGCAUCAAGGACAGCUGCAUGCACUUACUGAGUACAUCAACUGUGGUAACCUGGAACAGCUAUUAGACAGUAACCAGCAUCUUCCCUGGACUGUGAGGGUGAAACUGGCAUAUGACAUUGCGAUGGGGAUCAGCUAUCUUCACUAUAAAGGCAUUUUCCACCGUGAUCUUACAUCCAAGAACUGCUUGAUAAAACACGAUGAGAAUGGAUACUCAGCAAUAGUGGGAGACUUUGGUUUAGCAGAGAAAAUUCCUGAUCACAGUGAAAAGUUACCAGUGGUGGGAUCACCCUUUUGGAUGGCACCAGAAGUUCUCAGAGACGAACCUUACAAUGAAAAGGCAGAUGUAUUCUCCUAUGGUAUAAUUCUGUGUGAGAUUAUAGCAAGAAUACAGGCAGAUCCAGACUAUCUCCCUCGCACAGAGAAUUUUGGAUUAGAUUACGAUGCCUUCCAGCACAUGGUGGGAGACUGUCCCCCUGACUUCCUCCAGCUGGCCUUCAACUGCUGUAAUAUGGAUCCAAAGUUACGUCCUUCUUUUGCUGAUAUUGUCAAAACACUGGAGGAGAUUUUAAACCGCCUGAGAAAUGAGGACUCUGAGAGAGAGAGAAAGUUCUUAAACCUUGACAGCAGUGAAAGGAAACCCAAAGGGUCAAUUGAAAAAGGACCAGGAGUAAAACGCUUGAGUUCCCUGGAUGAUAAGAUCCCACCCAAGUCACCCCGUCCACGUCGGAAUAUCUGGUUGUCACGCAGCCAGUCGGAUAUCUUCUCCCGCAAGCCUUCCAGGAAGAUCAAUGUGCACGACCCCUACUAUACACCAAACAAAGGGUUGGGCCGGAAAAUUAAUCCCUUCAGUGCCCGGGAGGACCUCAAGGGAGGGAAGAUCAAAUUCUUUGACAUGCCAAGCAAAUCUGUGAUUUCCCUCGUGUUUGACUUGCAUUCACCAGAGGCAGGUGGAGGCCUGAAAGCCAGCCAGUCCCAGUUCCGGCAGGCAUAUAGCACAGACUGGCAGGAGCUUUCCGUUUUCCCAGGGAGGAGAUGCAGAUCACUUCCACUGUCUCCUGAACUGCCACACAAAGAAUAUGGCCUAUUUGGGGGACUGUCUUCAACUAUCAGCAGGUGUGACCCAGCACAGUUAAGUGCAGAGGUUCGACAAAAACUCAUGAGUAGCAGCAAAUACGGUGUGUCAGAGAUUCCUCCCUUUCAAGCCAAGCCUCACAGACCAGAAUUCCUUUAUGUACCAGGACAAGAAGAGGAUAUGGAUUGCUCAGAUGGGCCAGUGGCCCAGGAGGAAAAUGGGUUUUGCCCUGUUGAGAAUAUGUGUGGAGAUCCAGCAUGUAGUCAGCCAUUAGUUCUGGCCCAACUUGAGCUGCUAUCUUACAGAAAGCUCCCAACUGAGAAUUCAGUGAACUCAGAGGAACAUUGCUCCUCACAAGUGUUUGCAAGUUGUCUCCCUUCAGAAGAGAUGGAGGUGGAAGAUGACCUACUAAAAAAUACUCCACUAGAGUCUACAAAGCCUCUGUUCAGUGUUAGUCCUUCCACUGAGCUGAAGAGAGAGGCCUGUCCCUUUAGGGACCAGGAUGGGGACAGUCCUGCCCCAUUGUCUCAGACCUCCUCCAACAUCUCAGCAAGUGGCAGCACACAGUCAACUUGUGACAUAUGAGGAGAGGGCUCAAACUGAAUGUGUCCUUGAGGGAACAGUUGUUCCCAGUCGCUUAAACUCUUUUUCUGUAGUGCUGGGCUUUGCAUUUGAAGGAGACUCAGCAGACAGUAGAAACUGGCUGUCAAGCAGAUAGCUGCAGAUAGCAUCUGGAGAGACUGACCGAUCCUUUUAACUUUAUUUCAAACUGUGCUUAUUCCCUUCCCUGACUUGAAUUAGGAGGGGAAACUACUCCAUCCAGAAUGGCCACGUGGGCCCCACAGUCCUCGCAAGAGGCAGCAGCCAGAGCAAGCACCAUGUGAACAGUUUGACCUGGAUUCCAGCAUAGAGCAUUUCAAGGCCUUAAACUCCAUGCUGGGUAGAAAGAGUGACCAUUAGGUUUUGCCUCUUCCUCUGGCGGACCAGGUGCUCUAAAACACUGCAGGUUUGCAUUAACAUUCUGCAGCAGUGCACAGGAGUUGGAGCCUCUGUUGUGGAAACAGGCACAGAGAUCUCUGAGCUGUGUUGAGCAGACAGGAAGGCUCUCUGGUCUCAGAGCUGCUGUGAAUGCUGUUGCAGCAUUACACAAGCUCUUAUUCCAAAGCAGCAAAAACAAAAGCCCUCACGCUGUUUGCAAUCUGCAGGCUGAGUCACAUGACAAGUACCUUGCUAUUAACGAGAAGAAUCUGUUCCUUGGUGCUUCAUUUUCCCUUGGGAUUUGGUAAUGAUGUGCAAUAGUUUAGUACAGGGAAAGCGAUGCUCCCGUGUACCUCAACCCAAACGUGGAGGAGGAGUUUGCCCAAGGUACAAGGGGAGAGCCAUAUUCCAGGCACUGUCAUUUCUGAGCUUUUGGAGAAACUGCCAGUGAAAGUACCAGUUGUACUGAGAUUUUUGGGAGUGUGGGCUCUCACCUCCGAAGAGCUGAAUGGGCAUCACAAUCUGUGCCUGCAGAAUAGUUAGUUAAAUACAAUAUCUAUAUCACAGCUGACUACUCCCACUUAGCUAGAAGGAUCACAUUCACUUCCCUUUUUGGUAUAACAUCCCAUCUCGUUGACAUCACUGCAGUAAUGGUGAUUCCUUAUUUAAAAACCAGAAUGCUCUACAGAGGACAGGAACUCCUUCAGGGGAAUGAUCCCAGCAGUGUUGCAACCACACAAAUGCUCUUAGGGAAAGACAUUACUCACAGAAGGGCUUUGAAUUAUGGAACUGAAGAAAAUUAACUUGUCCCAGAUAAUCUUUUUUUGUCUGCUACAGAAAUAAGCCCUUGUCUUCACUGGCUUCUUCUGACACUGAAUAGGAUGAGCUUAGUUGUUUUUGGGGUGGGUUAUUUUGUGGGGGGGUUUGUUUGGGGUUUUUUUGUGUUGGUUGGUUGGGCUUUUUUUUUUUAGGGUUUUUGUUUGUUUGUUUGUUUUCAUUCUCUCUUUCUCCAGCAGCAAGUAGAUGUGAAAGACACAACAGCAUAUGCUUCAGUGCUGCUUGCUGGAACCAGCACCAGAGAUCCCUGCACUGGGAGGCCAUGUACUGGAAAGCCUGUUCUGUAAUAACAUUGGUGCAGCAUCCUGCCGUUUUCCAUUGUUGUUGUCCCAACAAUGUGGGAUUUUUUUCCCACUUCUUUUUUUUCACCUGUAUUAUCAUUCCUGAGGUAUGCCUGCUGAGCAGAUGGUGAUGCAGUGGAGUC